CGUGGGAGACGGAUAGAUUAUAUAUAAAAGAGGUUGACCAUCUGCUGGUGUUGUGUUCGCCCUAAGUUUGAAUGUUUUACACAUCAUCGUUACUGCUAGAAAAUGAAGUUUCAAUUAAUUGGAUUGGCUGCAUAUGCCAUGCUUGGUGUCUAUGCACAAAAUGAUUCUUCGGUGGUUGAGUCUUUGACAAAUUCCAGUUCAUCAUCAAUCACUGAUUCUUCCUCAGAUUUAUCCUCCACUGAUGAAGCUUCUGUUCCUGACUCAAUCACUAAUUGUCAUUACCAUGGCACUGAACAGUAUUGUGAUGCUAACGGAACACAUGGUGAGGUUGUUGGUGCUCCUACUGAUUCAGAGGAAGGCCAAUCCUCAUAUACCGGAUGUCAUACUCAUUCAAGUGAGACUUACUGUCUAGAUGAUAAUGGUGAGGAGGUUCAAUUUGUUGCAGACGCAGCUGAAGCCGAUGAGUCUGGUUCUGAGUCUGGUUCUGAGUCUACCUCAGAGUCUGCCUCAGAGUCUGCCUCAGAGUCUGGUUCUGAGUCCACUUCAGAGGUUGAGUCCACCUCAGAGUCUGCCUCAGAAGGUACUGAAUCAACCCAAGCGGAAACAUCAUCUGCUGCCAAUGAUGGUGGAAUAAAAGGUGUUGGCUCUGCACUAACUGCAGCUUUGGUUGGUAUUCUCUUCUUGUGAUUUAUCAAUGUACAAACGAGUAUUUAACUUACCACCACUGGAAACCAUAAGUUGGUAACGUACCAUUCAUAUAGCUAUUUACAAGGUUUAUAUUUAUAUGAUCUAGUCUAGCCCAG